AUGGUAAACAUCCCAUUGGAGAGCGGCUAUGAGCUCCCGGCCACAUAUGCGGCCGGGCUUCGUGCUUCACCAGAUUUUGUGCCUCAAAGAUAUGCCCAUUUCGUGCCAUCACCCACAUCCCCGGAUCAUAUGUCUCUGAUGGGAACAGUUUUACCCGGCUAUGGUCAAGGAGUAAGUGCGGUGAGCGGUCACAUAGCAGUGCAUCAGGAUCUAAACCAUCGGAUGGGACUUUGA